GUUAGUCCACGGCCAUUCAUACUACCGGUUCCCUCGUGCGACCAUUGAUGUGCCCGUGCUCUCUUCAACAAGCUAACACUUUGUCACAAUCAAUUGUUAGGUGAUUCUAAUCAUUUGGAUUAUGAAAGAAUUUCAAGAUCAAAUGGGUAUCGAUUGCCAUGGCAAUAUGAAGCUGGGAAAGCAGAGCCCGCCUGGCAUUGCACCCUUUGACCACUCCAUUGACGGCUUCUUUGCCACCAUGGAUUCCAUCUCCGCCCUUUGUGGUGAGCUAUCGUCUGAGGGCUACUUGCUCUCCCAAAUCGAACGAUUUUCCUCCAUGAUCAUGUUUUUGAAAGAAUGGCGGCAGUUCUAUUAUGAACCAAAAGUUAUGAAUUUUUCUUAUGAAAGUGAGUCCGGUAAAGUGAAUGAUUUCAGUGAGGGGAUAACAUUGCAACAAUUUUCUUCAGCUUCAGUUUCAGUACCGGAGAUGGAAUCUUUACCUCAAAAUGUGAGAUCUUCUAGUAGUGAUUUUGUGUUGCAUGUUGGUGGAUUUGUUUGGGCAUUGGACUGGUGUCCUAGGACAGAUGAGAAAACUGAGGGCCAAGUCAAUUCCGAGUAUCUUGCAGUUGCUGCCCAUCCUUCUGGCGCUUCAUAUCACAAGAUAGGAGUGCCUUUGGUUGGAAGGUGCUUAAUUCAGAUUUGGUGCCUCACAAGUUUGGACAAGAAAAAUGAACUAUCUCAAGCGAAGCCUAAAGGAAGAGGGAGACAAAAAAUAAACCUAAAACAAUCAGAAACAGAACUGUCUCAUGAGUUAAACCAAAAUGAGUUCUCUGCUAAUAGGAGGAAGAGAGGGAGACAUAGAAAGAGACAGGCAGAAGAUGAUGCUUCGUGUGAUUCAGAUAACAAGAAAAUAUUACAUUUACCAAAGCCUCGAGGUAGACCUAGAAAAAUAGAAAAAUUAAGUACAGAUGAUUUGACCAGAGGGCAGAUUCUUCCUGCUAGGCCUCGAGGAAGACCAAGAAAGCACAUGAAUCGGGGAUUUAAUGGUCCAGAUAGUGUCAAUGGAUUAAUUUUAGGGAGGUUUGCCAGGACACUGGAAAGUGUGGAUGGCAGAGAAGCACCUCCAUCCACUGAUCAUGUGAGUUUAAGCACAAUGCAUUGUGCGUCAGUUUUAAAUGUUGAUGCAGGAGAUGCACCCAAGCGGAGGGAAAGGCCUAGAAGGGAACCAUUGUCAAGUACAAAUAAGUUUCAUCAAGAAUCUGUUUUUGAAUUACAGGUAGAUGCAUCUGGUAAUGGUGCGCUUACAAGCACAGAGAACUGCAUGGCUCCUUUGGCACAUUGGUUUGGGGAAUAUUGCUUCACUGUCGGUGACUUCAGGCAAUUUAAUUGUUGAAAGGAAUCAUGUGUGUGCAGUGUAGAUGACAUUGCAGCAUGCAGUGUUGAAGUAGACAUAGAGGCAUAUGGCAGCAAUCUAAUUUCUAGCAGAAGUGAUUGUUUGCCAUGUUUGAAUGUUGAUUUGCAGCAUGUUGCUUUGCCUUUGACAACUUCAGCUGGUUCAAUCAUUAAAGAGAAGUCAUUUGUUUCUUGGUUUCAUGGACAACCUAGAGAGUCAACAAUUUCAAGUGCAAACAAGGGUGUUCUGACACCUGGUGUUGAUAUAGAAUCUAAUGCGUCUGGCAGUAGUCUUACAUUAAAAUCAAAUGAGAGCAUGACACCUUUGAAUUCUCAUUCUGGGAAUGCUACAAUGUUUCCUACAUCAGGCAAUACACAUGCUGAAGAGAAAUCAUUUGUGCCAAGGCCUGGAGGAAGACCUAUAGAUCAAUUUAUUCAAAGCACAAGCAAGACCGUUUCAACAUCUGGUGCUGACUUCAAGCUAUUCAGUAACCUAGAGCUUGCUAAUUCAAGAGAAAAUUUAAUUUCUGGUGAUUGUCAAAGUGAAUUAAUUGUGUCAGACUAUUGUGAAGGUGUGACAAAUGGAAGGGAAGAAACUAUGUCUUGUUCUCAUAUUCCAGAAAAUAUUGCUUUGCCCAGGAUGGUUUUCUCUCUAGCUCACAAUGGAAAAGUUGCAUGGGAUGUGAAAUGGAGGCCUAAAACCUCCACUAAAUCUGAAGGCAAACAACAUAUUGGCUAUCUUGCUGUGUUGUUGGGCAGUGGUUCUGUUGAAGUGUGGGACAUGCCGCAUCCUUCCUUGGUCAGGAGGCUAUACAUCUCUUCUAGAAUUGAAGGUACUGAUCCUCGUUUUAUUAAACUGGAGCCUGUUUUCAAAUGCUCAAAGAUCAAAUGUGGAGAUAGACAAUGCAUUCCCCUAACACUGGAAUGGUCACGUUCAGGUUCUAGUGAUUUAAUGUUAGCUGGAUGCCACGAUGGAACAGUUGCUCUAUGGAAGUUCUCUUCUCACUGCCUUUCUCAAAUAUUCUUACUCAUGAUUUUCAUUUUACACUCAUCUACAGAGACAAGGUCUUUGCUCUGUUUCUCUGCUGAUGCUGGUCCCAUAAGAUCUCUUGCUUGGGCGCCAGAAGAAAGUGAUCCUGAGAGCUCAAAUCUAGUAGUAACCACAGGACCAGAAGGCCUCAAGUUUUGGGAUGUACGUGAUCCACAUCGUCCUUUGUGGGAGCCUUAUCCUAUGCAGAGAGCCAUAUUGAGUUUGGAAUGGAUGAAAGACCCCAGGUGUGUUAUUAUCUCACUCGAUGAUGGCACGUUGAGGACCUUCAGCUUGUGGGAUUUGGCAAAUGAUGGUCCAGUGAUUGGAAAACCUUCUGAUGGCAUGAAGCAGCCUGCAUGGCAUAGUUACUUUUGUUCAUCAUUUGCCCUUUGGAGCAUCCAAGUGUCACGUUCAACAGGUCUAGCUGCUUAUUGUGGCGCAGAGGGUUCCACGUAUUAUUUUAAGCUUACAGUUAAUUCUCUGAAGGAUCCUCGGAAUCAUCUCCCACACAUUUUAUGUGGUUCACUUUCAAAAGAUGGUGAAAAAGUGAAGAUAAGCACCCCAUUGCUCAACACUCCAUCUCUAGUGACAAAGCACAUGAGCACCUGCACAGUGACCUCCCAAGUUCUUAUUCCCUAUACUGCAGGUGCAAAUCAUGCUACUGGACCAAAAGACUUAAAAUCUUCACUUCCAGGAAAUAGGAUCUUCUUUUUUCCUAAGAUGAAGAAGCCAAAAUCAAAGCCGAAAAAUGUAGAGAGUGAACAUGGAUGUAGAGAAGCAGAAUCAGAGUUUUUGGAUUCUCCUUCCAAAGUUUUGGCUAUGCACAGAGUAAGAUGGAACACGAACAAAGGAAGUGAGAGAUGGCUUUGCUAUGGUGGCGCUGCUGGCAUUGUACGCUGUCAGGAAAUUUCUUGAGCAAAACCAACAACAACAUUAAUGGUAUUGUAGCAUGCAGCUUCCUGCUAGACGGCUGGAUCUAUCGCGCAAAGUCCCUCUUUCUUCCUUUGUGCAAAAUGUAAUAUUAUAGUGUAACCAUUGGUGUAUUUAUAAUGUUUAAAGUAGUAUAUAAGAUGAACAGUAUUUAUUCUUGAGUUAUUCUCUAAUUCUCUAAUUCUCUUCGUGAGCCCCAUGUAUUUUUCUGUAUUUUGGGGUUCUAGUAAUUUUCUAGGUAGCUAUUACUUUGCAAAACA